AAUUUUAAAAAGCGAAAAAAGAAGAAAAAGCACAAACUCAUGAACAUAACAUUUCAGUAACUAAAAGGAGAAGGGCAAAAAGGGGAAGGUAGAUCCACAAUUGUAAAAGCGUGGAGGUUGGGCAUCAUUUUGUGAAGGUAGCAGAAGAGAAGAGAUCUACUUACUCCCUCCAUAUCUCUAACCCCCAUCUUCCUCAAUCUUCAUAUUUUUGGCUUCCAAAUUGCUGAUAGUUUUAACAGAGAAGAUAGCCAUUGGCUGUAUUCUAUAGAAUGAUCGCCUCAACGGUGCGCAAGCCCUUGUUUGGCGUUACAGUAUUGGCGUUUUCUCUCUUUCUCGCUCUCUUCUUAUUCCCACCUUUUCCUUUCUUCUCCGAUCCUACCCUUACCUUUAAUUCUUCCCUGGUUGGAAGACUGGAGAUAUGGAGCAUUCGAAGGAUAGCCGAGUGGCGACCUUGCAAUUGGUGGCUCCAACCCCAACUUAAUGACAUGGUUUUGUUGUUGAAAUGCUGCAGCUCUUCCUGCUCAGACUAAUGGGUAUAUUCGAGUGGAUUGCUAUGGUGGGCUCAAUCAGAUGAGGAGAGACUUGUGUGAUGGUGUUGGAAUAGCUCGUUUGCUGAAUGCUACCCUUGUCUUGCCAAAGUUUGAAGUGGCUGCAUAUUGGAAUGAAUCAAGCGGUUUUGAAGAUGUGUUUGAUGUAGACUACUUCAUCCAACAAAUGAAAGGCUUUGUUGAAGUGGUAAAGGAGCUUCCAAUCGAGAUUGCAUCAAAAGAUCCCGUAAGAGUCGAUUGCAGCAAACGCAAAGGCCAAUUUGACUAUGUUGAGAGUGUUCUUCCUUCCCUACUGAAGCAUGGUUAUAUCUCAAUCACCCCUGCAAUGAGUCAAAGAAGGGAUAGGUACCCUCUUUAUGCAAAAGCUGCACUUUGUCAGGGUUGUUAUAGUGCAUUGCGCCUUACAAGCACAUUAGAGAAGAAAGCGCUUGAGCUUCUGCAAGCUAUACCAAAGCCCUUCUUAUCGCUUCACCUUCGAUUUGAACCUGACAUGGUAGCUUAUAGUCAAUGUGAGUACACUGGUCUUUCUCUUGCUUCUGCAAAAGCUAUAGAAGCUGCACGGGUUGAUAGGAAACCUUGGACCGGAGAAAUGGCUCGUAUUUGGAGAAGCCGUGGUAAGUGUCCACUUACACCAAAUGAAACUGCACUCAUACUUGAAGCUUUAGCCAUACCCACCAAUACGACUAUUUAUUUGGCGGCCGGUGAUGGCCUGAUGGAACUUGAGGGACUGACAUCGAUGUACACCAAUGUUGUUACUAAAUCUAGUCUUCUUAGUGGAGAGGACUUCACAACCAUGCAUGGGAAUACAAAAGCUGCACUUGAUUAUUAUGUGUCUAUUAACAGUGAUUCUUACAUGGCUACUUAUUUUGGGAACAUGGAUAAGAUGGUUGCAGCAAUGCGAGCUUUCAAGGGGUUGUAUAAGACACUUUUCUUAAACAGGAAGGCUUUUGCAUUGUUAACCUCUCAGGGGCUUAAAGGGAAGGAACUCACAGAAGCCCUGUGGAAGGUUCAUAGAGAUGAUUUCAUAAUGGGUAGAGGAUCUGCUUUACCAGACUGUUUUUGCGAAUUCAAUUUAUGAACUCAGUUUUCUUGUUUUCCUCUGUAAGUUAAAUUUUUUAAAAUGUUUUGGUUAUACACCCAGAGCAAUGUAUUUGUGCCUAGUAGUUUUCUUUUA